AUGACCAGCAUUUUUCCUGGGACGGUUCCCUAUGCUCUGGGGAAGGAGCCAAUUCCCGCUGGUCUCACUGCGGAAGACCUCGACAACAUUCGACAACAGAAACACUGGGAGCAGCAGCUGAGCGAAUUAACUGCGUCUUGUCCAGCGAAAGCAGUCAUGGCUGGAGGAGCAGGUCUUGUUUUUGGUGGACUCUUUUCGCUGAUGACCGCUUCAAUGAGCUACGAGGACCCAAUGUUGCGGCAAAACCAAGCAACCACGCAACGGGCACGCGAUAUUCUCAAAGAGACGGGAAGGAAUAUGUGGUCGAACGGGAAGAGCUUUGGGAAAAUCGGCGCAAUAUACUCGAGCAUUGAAUGUGUCAUUGAGUCGUACCGUGCCAAAAACGACAUUUAUAAUUCCGCAAGCGCUGGCUUCUGCACUGGCGGUGUCUUGGCUCGGAACGCUGGCCCCAGGGCGGCAUUUGGCGGUGGUCUCAUGUUUGCAGCAUUUUCCACCGCCAUUGAUCUAUUCAUGAGACGAGAACCACCAGAUGAUGAUUAG